UUUUAAAAAAUCUGUAUAUUUUACUUGGAUUUAUAAAUCAAUCAAAAUAUAUAAAACAAUAACAUGAACACUCAUCUAUCAAAUAAACAUUAUUUCUGUGAAAAUGAAAAUCGAAAUUUUGAAUUUUUGAUGAAUAAGAAGCUUGGGCAGUUUGAAGCGAUGGCGAUCGUGAAGCGGUUAUUGGCGAUUGAUAAGGCGAUCGUGAAGCGGUUAUUCUUCUGGUUUUUCUUUGAAGAAUCCAGAUCUUUUGGUUCCCAAUUUGAUUUGAUAGUGGGUUGGUUUACGCAAGUUAACACCCAUGAUUCUUCCAUCUCCGUAGUGGAGUACAAACUUCACCACGAUGAAGCAGUUUUUGAUAGUUAUUGUUAUGGAUGGGGGGUUUAUAUAUCUUCACAAUUUUUCCUCCCCGAUUCAGAAAAUCACUUCACAAAUCCUGUACACAUAUCGUUUUGAUUGUAGUCUUGCGAUCAUGGCGGAUAAUUUGCGAAGGGCGAUUCAGGAUCUGAAUUUGGGUAUUGAUGAUGAUCCGGUGCCUCUCUCUGCGGCGGUUUGUAAUGAAGCGCGCCGGGUGAAUCAAUUUUCUUUGAUUGGGAGACCAUCUAUGCAAACGAAGCAAAACGUGAGGGCGCUCCUGACCUCCCUGCCUAAAAUGUGGGGUCUUCCUGGUCUCAUCUCUGGACGUAUCGUUGAUAGGAGGAAGUUCCAGUUUGUCUUUCCAACCGAAGAAAUGCUUCUGUCGGUGAUUAACAGAGGUCCAUGGGCGUUCAAUGAAAGAAUGCUGAUCAUUAGUCGAUGGGUUCCGGGUAUGGAUGACGCUGAUCUCAACUAUAUACCUCUGUGGGUGCAAAUUAGGGGUAUUCCUUUGGAGUAUCUUACCGAACAGGUGAUCCACAACAUUGGUGAUAGAAUGGGGGAAGUCAUGACGGUGGAUUUCAACCCAAGUGUUAACGCUGCGGUGGAAUUUGUUCGUAUUCGACUCAACUGGAACGUAGGCAACCCUCUCAAGUUUCAGAGAAACUUCCAAUUCUCCCCUGGAGUUAAUACUCUGCUGAAGUUCCGUUACGAACGACUCAGGGGUUUUUGUGAUCAGUGUGGGAUGAUUACCCAUGACUCCGGUGAAUGUCCUCCUGCAGCAGUGGUGGAUCAGAUGGAUGCUAACAAUGAGGAAGAAGAUCCUCCAAAUGACCAGGCCGGAGGUGAGGAAAAUGAGGAGGACGCAGCGGUGGCACCAGAUGGUCCUGCUCACGACAUUCCCAUGGAUCAGGUGAAUGAUGGUGAAACGGGUCCUGGUUCUCAUGUUGCAUUGCUGCAGCAAUUUAGCUCUACUGCUCCUAUGGUUAUAACUAGCCAAGGAUAUGAGCAAAACACUGGUGAGGUUCGGAUGAAGCGAAGGAAUGAUUUCGUGGCUGCUCUGCUAGAAGAAGGAAGCUCUAGUCGCCAGAGAGGUAGUGGUACUGAGAUGUGUUUGAGACAAGAGAAUGAAUCAGAUGAGGAGAGUGAUCACAUAAUCCUGGCGAUGGAAGCUCGUAGAUCCUCUGAGUUUGGUUUCAGCCAGUAUGGAUCGUUCCUUCAGGAGGACUUCGAUCAUGAGAUGGAUCAUAUCCAUGCCGCGAUGCAGCAUGCGGAUGAUCAGGGUGUUUCAAAGGAGAUAUCUUCUCUGGGUAAACGUCCAAGGAUGGAGUCUGAGAUGGUUGAUAAGUUUCCUGUUGGAAGGAUGAAGAUGUCUCAUGAGUUCAAUGCUCUGCGAAAGCUUCAGGAAGAUUAUGGUCAGGAUCAAGCUCAUGACAACAAUCCACAGAUCGACAGAGGCGCGGUGGGCCCGGUUCCACCAGAUGAACCAUGA